CUGGAGGAGCUGCACCUGUCGCUGAACGAGCUGCGCGAGGUGUGCCUGGGCGCGGGCGCGCACGCGGCGCUGCGCCGCCUCUUCUUCAACCGCAACCCGGUGGGCGAGUGGGCGCAGGUGGCCAAGCUGGGCGCCGCCUUCCCUCGCCUCGAGGCGCUCUCGCUCGCCGACUGCCCGCUGCGCUCGCUGCGCCCCACCCCCAGCAGCGCCGGCCCCGCCGCCGCGCCCGGCGACCACGACGACGAAGACGACAUGGCCGGCGACGCGGUCCAAGAUGUUUCCUGUGACUUUGCCCCUUUGCUCCCUGAAGCGGCGCAGGAGCACACCCAGUAUGAACGCAGACAGCUGUUGAUUGCUCGGUUGCCUAACGUUCGCACCCUGAACGGAGGUGGUCUCAUAUCGUCAGAGGAGCGUGAGGAUGCAGAAAGAGCUUUCAUCCGUUACUACAUGGACAAACCAGAAGUAGAUCGGCCAGAGAGAUACAAUGACCUUGUUGCUGUCCACGGUCGCCUUGACCCUCUGGUUCAGGUGGAUCUCAGCCCAGAAAAAAGGGUUAAAGUUCAUGUCACAUGCGGAGAGCAAUCAGAAGUGCGAUGUCUGCACGUCUACCAGACGGUUGCAGACCUUAAACAAAAACUAGAAUCUUUCACUGGUAUACCUGCUGGACGCAUGAGGUUGUUUUAUGUAGAUCAAGCCAUGCGCAGCGUCCACGGUCCUGAGGAAAUGAGGUACCCAAGUAAACGACUGUACAGCUACAACAUUGCCAACGGUGAUGAAAUCAUAGUGGAUGUCAAGCAGCGCACAACUGAGCGCACACUGAGCACAAGCAGCACAGGAAGUACGAGCAGCAGCAAUAACAACAAUAGUAGCAGUAACAGCAGUAGUAACAACAGUAAUGGAUCCAGCAAUGGGGUAAAUAAUAAUUUACGCUGAGCAGAAUCUACUGCUGUUGACUGUUGUCAUUGCUUCCCAUGUGGGACUUGGAGACAUGCAGGUCACCAAACAUUCAUUCUUGAUAGUGUUUGGCCCUGCUUUCUGAAUGUCUGCUUGCAAUUGACUUUUUCUUCUCAACAAAGGGUUCACAUUGAAACAACAAAUGUUUAUGUGAUCUGUAGAGUUAUGAAUGUAUCUUUGUGAUUUGGGUUCAAUUGUUUGUCUUCCUCUGAUGAAGGGCUGAGUUGCUUAACUCAUGACAAUUUUUUUUUAAGCUGUUUGAUAUUUGGAAAGUUUUUGUUCUAGUUUGUGUUCAAUGACUCUUUGGCAUGAUUCACUUCUCUCGACACAUAAUUGAAGUAAAAUGGGAUGUUAUUUUGAUUAUUUUAAACAAUUCUUGAACAUUGGAGUUUUCUAUUGGUUGAGUGAUUGAAAUAGCUGAGAAAACAAUGAUUGGAAAGAACCAUAUAAAAUGAGUCAUAGAAUAAAUUUCCAAUCUUUUUUACCAAGAAACUAAUCUUAAAGAUACUAGAAAGUUUCUAUUUGCCUUUGACAAUGUAUAUUAUUGCAAUUUUAAAUCCUUUGAGGUGCUUGGUUAUAAAAUAAAUCAGCACAAUUUAUUUUAUUUCUGAUUAUGAUAUUAAAUUUUACAUUUUCUGUCCAUUCCUAUACGCCUCUUUGGAGUGACAUCUUAAAUACUAUAGGGUAUACAUGAAAUGUAUUAUUAAGAGGAAACUUUGUUUGAAAGAUAAAAAAAUGUCUCUGCUAGUCAUCCACAUAAGUCAAUUAGGCUGAUGAAAUUUUGAGUAAUUUUUUCAGCCCACUCCUGAAGUAUGUUAAUAUCAAAGAAGUUUGCUAAUAUCUGAAAGUUUGACUCAAUUUACAUAAGUAAAACAUUUCCAUUAUCCAGUCUCACUUGUCAGUGUGGAUGGUGUUCUUAAUAAUUAAAAUGAAAUGCCUGCAAGUUUUCUUCAAAUUUGACAUGUAUAAACAUUUGAAAAUUCUUUCUAAUACAUUGAUAAACUCUUGUAAUAAGCAACUUUAUAACUUCAGAGAUAGUCUCAGAACAAAUUAAAACAUAUUAUUCUUUAUUAUUUUAUGCUUGACUCACAAUACCCAGCACUAUUCCUUUUUGUUUUUAACUUGUUGAGUAAGAAAUUCUAAAAUAUGUUAGCAGUUUUCUUUUUAUAAUGGAUAUUGAAAGACCUAUUAUGUAUGGGAACUUAUAUGUACCCAUUUUCACUUUUUAAGUGUUCACUCUUAUUACUAGUAUUCAUGCGCCAUAAUUGGCUUCCAAAUUAAGCCUGUGGGUUUAAAUGAGUAAAAUUAUACCAUUACAGUCUAGUAUUGGGGGAUAAUUACGUAAACCCCAAUUUGAGAUUCAAAACCUCGUGGUAUUUGACUCAAUAAUUUGUAUUCCUUUUUCAAAGAAUAGCUUCUAAGCUAUUUUGGUCUAUUAAUGGUAUGAAUUUGAGCUGUAUUACUUUUUCAACAAGCUUUAUAAAAUAUGUAAUUUCUCAGUAUUUAUUGUAAGAAAUUAAUGUUACAGCAAUGACAAUUCCAUGUGUUGUUUCUUUCUUAUUCUAGCUUAUCUUUAAUCAAAAGUAAUUAUCUAAAAUUCAUUAACUUCUCUAUAUUUAGAAUACUGAUAAAAUUUGUAAUAUUUGAACAAAACGUUUGUAAUUGGCCUUUACAUUGCUUUAUAAAGUUAAUUGGGUUGGAAUAAUAGUGUUGAGAAUCAAUUGUAUAUUUGUAUUCUUAAUUAAUAUUUUGUGUGAUCAAAAUUUAUGUAAGAUUUGGAAAAAAUAUUAAUAUACGGAAAAUGUUCUUUUUUAUGAGCAAUCUAUUUAUUCAUUCACAUUUGUUCAUUCACGGAUAAUUUACUUCAUGUUUUACAUUCCUUUCACAGUAUCAUGCUCUUCAGAAAACUGUGACACAAAUUUAGACCUUAAAAUAAAGAUCCAUAUGUGUAUUGUAUGAUUUACAUUUAUGAAUUUUCAAAACUCAUUUCUCAGCCUCCAAACUCUGUUUGUUGCAUUUCUCAAUUAUCAUAAUUUAUUCAUGUUUUCAUUUUUUGACUAAACAUGGAUAUUUCCUAUUGCUCCAAUCAUUUCAUUCAGCAAGUGAAAGUUCUAGUAAUUUUGGAAGUGGAAUGAUGUACUUCUUAACAACUGGCAUUCACAUUGUGGAAGACUACUUAAAAACAACUGCUUACUUUCAUACAAAGUUCCCUCUUUGAAAGGUUUUUGGUGCUUAAUGGGAAAUUUCAGUUGUACAUUUUUGGUGACUUAGGAGGAUCACCAUGCUUCUCAUAGUUACUGAUAUUCUUUUGCAUUUUCAUGUCAAAAGAAUCUAAUAGUGUCUGCAUAAUUAGGUAUAUUUUAAAGAAGGUGUAGGAAUAAUUUAUGAUGUAGACUGUCUACACCAAGUAGUACGUCCCACUGAUGUUUUGAGCAGAUAUUCACUGUGAUAGAAUAGAGGCAAAGAAGUGAAAAAGUGAAAGCACUUUUUUUAUAGUGAUUAUGAAUACAGUCAUUAAGCAAGCAAAAUAAUAGAUGUUAUUGUAUUCUUUUUACUUAAUAGUUAUUUUAGUAGAGUCAAAAAACAAGAAAAUGACUAAAAGUAAUCAUGUUAUUUAAUUUUACUUACAAAAUAUUUUUCUGUAGUAAGAGUAGAAUGUUAAUUGAUGAUUUAUUUUUCUUUUACAUUUAUUAUACUUAACUUCUGUUAUAUGAAGGUUAUCAUUUGAUAAUUAUUUUAACUAACCUUAAAAUAUGGUAUUUAUACAUUAAAAAUAAUAUUUGAGUAGAUUGUGCGGCUUGUAAGGAUAUUCUUGUUCAGAAGAUAUUAAUAAUUACUUCUCAGAUUUCAACGUUUUAUCAGUUUUGACUUGAAGCAAAAAAUUUCAAACUAUGCUAUUAAUUUUUUUUUCUUCUGUAUGUGUGUCUUCGGUCUCAGAUACAAUAAAAAUAUGUACGUUUUUAUUUCAACCAUUCCUGUAUUAUUGCAAAUCAUUCCAUUCAUUUCAUAGAUUGAAGAUGAAUAUUUUAAGUACAUUUCAGAGAGACUUGUUUGUUUAAUGAAGUGGGAUAUUUCAAUAUUUUAUUGAACAAACUACAAUUUUAAUAUUUUUGGACUUAUUAUGUUUGAAUUGUUGCUUUUCAUUUGCAAUAUAAUUCCAAGUUGAGAGGUGAAUAAUUAAAUUAAAAAAAAGCAAAGUUUGAUUGUUUUGCUUCCAAAGUUGUUGAAUGUACAAGUUUGUGGAAAGAAUUAACUAAACCUCUAUGGUCAAAUGUGACAUUCAUUCUACAUUAGUUGAGUUUGAUUCCAGUUAUGGGUAAUUAAUGGAAUAUUGUUUUGUCAUUCUUUUUAAAACAUACUCAUAGCUAGGACUUGAUGUUAUUGUGAUGAUUAAUGAACAUUUGUGUAUAAAAACUUGUAACAGAGCAACUACAGCAUUGCUACCUACCAAUAUAAACUGGAUGUGACAGGAAGCUCACUGCUUAUUCACAUAUUUUAUUUCUCUAGCUUUUAGUGCUAUUCAAUGUCAUUAGAGUUUACUUGUUAUAUUUUUUGUCCUGUGUAAAAGUACAUAAUGAGCUAUCAUCUUCAGUUCCAUUUGGCAAAUUAUGUAGCAUCGCUAUACAUAAUGGUUUUAAAUUUUACAUAUCAGUGCAUAGAAAAAUUAAUAUUUCUUACAAAAUUGUCAAAACUAGAAACAUAUCCUCAAAUUUCAGAAAUAGCUGUUAAAAAAUUACUCUUGUGAGAAUCACACAACUCAUUUUCAAUAUGUCAAAGAUAUUUGUCAGUUUAAUUUUGUCUUUACUCCCACAACUGCUAAUUGGGGUAAUAACUGAACUGUUUAAAUGUGCCUUCCUUCUAUGUCAUCUAUAAGUAAAAUUACAAUCAAAUUAAGGGUUAAUUGGGCAGUGAUUAAUAAAGAAAAUGUAAGAAAUUGUGUCUUUUUGUACCUAAAGAAUAUAAUUGAUUAAAAUAACAGAAUUAGUCAUUCAGUUCAAAAGGCACUAAAAUUUUUAAGUUAUUCCCCUUUUGAUAUUGAAUGGACUAAAUACACAACAUGUGAUAUUGUGUAAUCUCUAUUGUACUAUAUUUUAUAUAUGUUAUGGAAGAUUAAUUGAAUUUCAGAAGGUUAUAGGAUUUUCAUUAAAAAAAAAUAAUGCUUAAUUCUGAUUUACAUUUACCUUGUGUUCACAAAUAUGAACAUUCUUCUUAUAUGUUCUAAAUUUUAAAUAUAUUCAUAGUUUAAAUAAAAUCAUGAAAGAGUUUUGGUUUUGUAAAAACCUUAAUUAGGUUUGUUUGUUUGUUGUAAAUUUCUUAGUGUGUGUACAAAGUAUAAUUUAUAGCAAAAUAUAUCAUUGUUGUUUCUAUUGGAUUUUGUGUGUUUUGCUACUGGGUUCAAAUGUUUUAUAAAGUAAAGCAUAAAGAAUUUUUGAGAGUUGCCUUAUGAUUAAGAUAAUUGAUUUGCAGAUAUUUUAUUUCUAUAAUUUGAUCCAAAAUAUUUCACGACAUUUUAGAGUUGAGGAAAGGGGGGUUACAAAGAAAAAUUAGAAGAUUUUUGCUGUGCACAUUUGUUAACACUAAGAAAUUGUUCAAUUAUCUUGCCAGUAAGUACUGAGCCACUUCACAGUUUGUAUUUACCUGCAUUGUCCUAUUUCUUCUCUUUUUGCAAAUAAUGUAGAAGCCUGUCAUUUCUGAAAAAUGCUUAAAAAUUCAUUGAGGAUUGUGUUUGCAUAACUGUAGGAAAAUUAGAAUUUUGAAAAGUAGAUGAUUGGUUGGAGGAAUAAUCUGAAGAGUGCUAUACUUUUCAAGCUUUUGAUGGAUUGUCAAAUAAAUUUGUAUUUGUUGUAAAUUUUUUAAUAGUACUAGGGUGUUAACUCUGUGAGACCAUGCCCUAGCACCACCUGCCUUCCAAGCUUGUAACUAAUCUAGUCGGAAAUAGUUGGUGCAGACUUGUUACUUCUUACAUUGUACAUGAAAUGUACAUGUUAUUUGAAGAAUUAAACAUAUUAUUGUACAAUGUCUGUGUAUCCAUGUAUGUUCUCUCGUUCCCUCCCUUACUCUAAAAGAAGAAAUUUACUACACUGUUAAUACACUUCUACCUUUUAAAAGAAUAUUUAUGAUACUAAUUGCUGUAAUGUACUUUGUCUAUUCAAAAGGCACACUAAAACUAUAACUUUAAAUUAUUCCAGAUACUCUGACAUCUUGACUACUGUCACAACUAGAAAGCACAGAAUUCUACAUGUAAUAAGAUAUAUUUUGUUAUAUCAAAAUAUAUUUAUUAUAUCAAUAUGUUUUCUUAUAUCAAAAUAUAUAUGGGAAGGAAUAGGCACAAAAUUUAUUAAAGAUUAUAUUGUCCUCAAUGAAGACACAAGAAUAUGAGUAAGAAGUUUAGUGGGAGUGAAACACAAAAUUAGGCAAGAGAUUUAAACAAUAGAAAAAAAGAAAGUGGUUGUGGUCCUGCAAUGGAGAAUUAGCAGCACUGAUAAUGGAAAAGAAUAAAGCUUACAGAAGAUGCUACUUACAGACCAGAAAUUCCAAAACACAAUAGAAUAUUAGAAAUUGUAGGCAAAGAUGAAAAUAAUAACAAAACUAAGAAAAACAAGAAGGAAAGAUUAGGAAAAAUUUGUAAAAUCAAUAUUUAUUUAUAUAUUCUUGAAAACUAGUAAAAACUGUAAAAAAUUGUGUGACACGUAGGAGGAGGAGUUUAAUCUGUGUAUAGUUUUAUGAGCUCCAGAAUCCUUAUUCCAAUUUUUACUAUCUAUAGUUGAAUUUAUGAAUAAAGAUAGUAAGAAGAAUGGAUAGCAACAUUUAAAAACGUUAAAUUGUCACUCUCAUGUUAUAAAAAACAUUUGUAUUGCCAAACAAACUACUGA